UCUUCAGCUCCUUGGGCUGUGCGGUGGGGACGUGGAGUGCCCUGCACAGGGUCAAGCGGACUUAGCACUGCAGAAUGGAGAACUAUAAGAAGACCAAAAUCGUGGAGAAACCUUGUCCUCCUCCUUUCACUGAUCUGCCUGCUGAUAUUAUUGAAAUGAAGGUGAAGGAUGGGAGCAAAAUUAGGAAUCUGAUGGGCUAUGCCAUGAGUAAGAUGGAGCAGGACUCAGUGAGACAGAUUCUUUUCACUGGCUCAGGCAAGGCCGUCAGCAAGACCAUCACCUGUGUGGAAAUCAUGAAACGAAGGCUCAAGGAGCUGCACCAGAUCACCAAAGUGCUCUUCAAACAGAUUGAAGAAAUCUGGGAACCCAUUGUGCCUGAGGCCGGCCUUGAUGCCCUGACAGUGAAGAGAAACAUUCCUGCCAUAUGUGUCCUACUGAGCAAAGAUGCCCUGGAUCCUCAGGAGCCUGGGUACCAGGCCCCAGGAUCUUUCGAUGCCUUCUGGACUGAGACACUGAAAGCAGAAUCUCAGGGACAGAUGAAGAGGAAGCAGGGUGGAGGCCGGGGAGCUGGCAGCACAGGAAAGCACCCUCGCUCCACCAGGGGAAUGCCGGGAGGGCCCUGAGGCAGCAGCUUCACACAUGGUUCGGGGGAGCUGCAGAAACCAGCCCGGGGCUGUGGCUGCACAGCUGCUGCUGAACACAGAAGGGCUCACAGAGGUGUGAGGGGAGGGCAGGAGGAGCGGACUGUUAUAACUGGCUGUGAUUGCAGCUGUCUGAAAAUGUGUUUUGACAAGUUUCUGUGCCAGAGGCUGCUGGGCUGUACUCCUUGGGGGUUUGUGGGAGAUAGCAAUUGCCUCUGCUUGAGCAAGAACUGUUGGUAUGCUGUCAGUGAGCCCCAGCGAAGGGCUGCUAGCCCAUCGAGGUGCCCAGGGGUGCAGCAGCCUGGGCAGUGGGACAGACACAUGCCUGUGUGCCAGGUGCAGGUUGCUGUGACCAGUACAAAGGGGAGACAGGACCUGAUGUGGAAUCCCCAGGCAGCUGCCAGCAUUGCUUGGGCUCAUGAGCAAGCAGACAGCAGGACACAGGGCUGGGCCAGCCAUUUCUGUGCCUGAAGAGUUCUGCUGAACCUGUCGGGGGAGUAGAUUGUAGGACUGCCAGGACACAGCUCCAUCUGGCAUCAUCUGCACGUAGCUCCCUUUGGAGCUGGCAGUUGUGGUCCUCUCUCCAGACAGACAGCAGUCGAGUCGUGUUGUAACCAGCCUGAAAUUAUGUGGCUCUGCGGCUUUCCUGGGGUGGUGGUAAUGGAAAGCUCCAAAGGAUCCUGUUCUUUCCCCUUUCUGCUCCUUGAUAAUGCACAACGAUGGCUUUAAAAUAAAGGUGUAACUUCAUGUAA